AUGGGUCAGUUGCUAGCCUUAUCUUUCCAUUGCAAAAGAACAUUGUUUGAUUCUGAAAUUUCUGAUAUGAUGGUUAAUGUUUUAGAUAUCGAAAAUUUUGGCGAAUCUUCACAAUCAAAAAAACCUAGAGUUAACUGGAAAAAGGAAAAUGUGGUGAAAACAUUUAUCGAGUCUUGUUUGCAUGAGAUCUCCGUAAAUGGACGAGAAGGGGGUAGCCUUAAGGCAGUUUCGUGGAAGAAUGUAGCAGAAGUGCUACAAAAGAAUCAUAAUUUUGUUGUUGAACAACGACAAAUGAAAAACCAUUAUGAUUACCUCAAAGGGAAGUAUGGAGCAUGGACAAAGUUAAGAAACAAGACGGGUAAUGUUUAUGAUGCAUCAACAAACAUGUUCAAUCUGUCAGAAGAGGAAUGUCAGAUAGAAAUGAAGCAAAACAAAUUUGUUGAGAAGUUGCGGACUGCACCUCUUCCCUUUCCUCAACUUUGCAUUCAAUUGUUUGAUGGCGUGGCUUCCACCGGUGUUGGAACGUGGGGACCAACUGCUACUGUUCCAAACCCUUCUAGUGUGACUCCUGAAAUUGGUGAAGAUUAUGACACGCAAGACUAUUAUGAUCUAACACAAGAGCCACUGCCUUCGGAAGAAGAGAUUGUUUUUCGUCCCCAACCUCAAAGGAAAAAACAGAGAGGAAAACAACGUGUGGAAAAUGAGGAUGAUUUAGCAAGAGUUGUGACACAUGUUAAACAGAUCUUGAACAAACCACCAGGGGAGGAUGAGAUGGAUCGUUGCAUAGAUAAGUUGGAAACACUUGGGUGGGAGCAAACUCCAUUGUAUGACAUAACACUUUACAUAUUCAGCCAAAGCACMGACUAUAGGAAAAUUUGGUUACGCUUGAGUGAGGAGAGGUCAUACAUGGAUGAAAAUGAUAUUAUUCUGAUUGUGGUAAUUGUAUAUUGGUAUUUGAGAAGAAGAGCUUCAACACGAAUAGAAAGGGGGGCUAUAGGUGCACUAGAUGGAACCCUAGUACAUGCAGUUGUGCCUAGUGAUCAACAAACAAGGUAUAGAGGAAGAGGAAGAGGGGAAUGCUACCAAAACGUCUUAGCCAUAUGUGAUUUUAAUAUGAUAUUCACGUUUGUAUGGGCUGGAUGGGAAGGCAUUGCACAUGAUUCAAGAGUUUUGAGGGAAGUUGCAUUUAACCCAACUUCGGGAUUUCCGUUUCCUUCAUCAAAUGAAUAUUAUCUUUGUGAUGCCGCAUAUACUUGUACCCGUAGAUUUAUGACUCCGUAUCGCAAUACGAGGUAUUGGUUAGCAGAUUUUCGGCGUAGACGUGCAUUAACAAAAGAAGAAAUGUUCAAUGAUGCUCAUGCACAACUUAGAAAUGUUAUCGAGCGUGCGUAUGGUGUCUUAAAAGCAAGAUUUCCAAUCCUGAAGCAAAUGGCUCCUUAUCCUUUUUCAAUACAGAAAGAUGUGGUGAUUGCUUGUUUCGCGAUUCAUAACUUUAUAAGGAAAUGCAAUAUCCAAGACCAAUUAUUUAUGGAACACGAUGAGAACACCAUGUUUACCGCCAACGAAGAACAACAUGAAGGAAGCAAUGACAUAGAAGUCGAUGAAAUGCAGUGGAGUUAUCAAGAUAGUGAAUAUAUGACUAGUUUGCGCGAUCAGAUUGCAAAUCAGUUAUUGUCUAAUAUUUCAAAUUAA